AUAAAUUAAAAUCACUUUGUUUGUUUGUUUGUUUGUAGGUUUAGGGUUUACACUUUCAUUCAUAACAAUACAAACAGAAAAGAAGAAAAAAGAAAAAAAUGGAAGAGAUAACAGAGGCGGUUCAAAACUUAAAUAUCGUGGAUUCUCAAAAGAGAAAUCGCAUUCAAGUUUCCAACACUAAAAAACCCCUUUUCUUCUACGUCAAUCUCGCCAAGAGGUAUAUGCAACAGCAUAAUGAUGUGGAACUUUCUGCUUUAGGAAUGGCUAUUGCCACUGUUGUCACAAUUGCAGAGAUUCUUAAGAACAGUGGAUAUGCCGUUGAGAAGAAGAUUAUGACAUCUACUGUUGACAUGAAAGAUGAAAAUAGAGGAAGGCCUAUCCAAAAAGCCAAGAUUGAGAUUCUACUUGGAAAGACGGACAAAUUUGAUGAACUGAUGGCUGCUGCUGAGGAGGAAAGGGAGCUUGCAAUAGCUGAAGAGCAAAGCUAAGAGGGUACUUUUGAAAUGUUUUGCAGGUUUCUUAAACAGUUGUUUUAUUCGUUUUCAUCUGUUGUUUGUUGCCUGAAGAAUCUGGCAGUCUUAAGAGCAAAUGCUUAGUUAGAGACAUUCUUAGCAUAGUUAUGCAUGCGACAAGUAUUUCUUUUUUAUUUCAAGAUCUUGCUGUUCUGUGCUCA